GGUUUCCAUCAGAAAGUUCUGUAGGAGUACUGUAUAUAAGCUCCAGGAGCAGCCACAACAGCAGAAGGAGCAGUGGGUGGCCAGGCACAUCAGACCAGGCAGCCUGCAGCAAAGCAAGAUGUCUUCUCAGAAGCUAACCAUCUCCUGGUUUGCCAUGGUUUUGCUGGUGUCUCCACUCAUGGCCAUGUGGGAGCUGGAGAAAGAUGUUUAUGUUGUAGAGGUGGACUGGUGUCCCGACACCCCUGGAGAAACAGUGAACCUCACCUGUGACACGCCUGAAGAAGAUGGUAUCACCUGGACCUCAGACCAAAGACGUGGAGUCAUAAGCUCUGGGAAGACCCUGACCAUCACGGUCAAAGAGUUUCUAGAUGCUGGUCAAUACACCUGCCACAAAGGAGGAGAGACUCUGAGCCACUCACGUCUGCUGCUCCACAAGAAGGAAAAUGGAAUUUGGUCCACUGAAAUUUUAAAAAAUUUCAAAAACAAGACUUUCCUGAAAUGUGAGGCUCCAAAUUACUCCGGACGGUUCACCUGCUCGUGGCUGGUGCAAAGAAAUAUUGACUUGAAGUUCAACAUCAAGAGCAGCAGUAGUUCCCCUGACUCUCGGGCAGUGACAUGUGGGACAGCAUCUCUGUCUGCAGAGAAGGUCACACUGAACCAAAGGGACUAUGAGAAGUACUCAGUGUCGUGCCAGGAGGACGUCACCUGCCCAACUGCAGAGGAGACUCUGCCCAUUGAACUGGCGUUGGAGGCACGGCAGCAGAAUAAAUAUGAGAACUACAGCACCAGCUUCUUCAUCAGGGAUAUCAUCAAACCAGACCCGCCCAAGAACCUGCAGAUGAAGCCUUUGAAAAACUCUCAGAUGGAGGUCAGCUGGGAGUACCCCGACUCCUGGAGCACUCCCCAUUCCUACUUCUCCCUCAAGUUCUUUGUUCGUAUCCAGCGCAAGAAAGAAAAGAUGAAGGAGACAGAGGAGGGGUGUAACCAGAAAGGUGCGUUCCUCGUAGAGAAGACCUCUACCGAAGUCCAAUGCAAAGGCGCAAGUGUCUGCGUGCAAGCUCAGGAUCGCUACUACAAUUCCUCGUGCAGCAAGUGGGCAUGUGUGCCCUGCAGGGUCCGAUCCUAGGAUGCAGCGUUGGAAGGAAAGAAAAGUAGAGGAUAUUAGGGGAGAAAAAUUUAAACUCGUGAUGGAAGAGACCCCAAAAGCCAUCUUCUGCUUGGUUGGCUUUUCCCAGUUUUUCUAAGUUCAUCAUGACACCUUUGCUAUAUUUCUACAAGUAAAUGUUAAAUGCCUGCCAAGA